AUUAUGAUUAAUACAGUCCAUUAAUUAUUUCAUGUUUGUUGUAAUAUGAAGCUUACUAUUGCUGAUCAAAAGCAUAGCACAGUACGUUGAUUCCACCAUUUUAUCGAAUAAUUACCAUAAUGACGCGCAUAUAUGUUGCCAGUUAUCGUGUAUAUGGACGAGUCCAAGGCGUAUUUUUUAGAAAGUAUACUAAGCAAGAAGCAGACAAGCUUGGGAUCAGAGGUUUUGUGAAGAAUGAUAACGACGGCACUGUAUUUGGACAAUGUCAAUCGCACAAUGUCGAAUCGAUGAAUGCAUUUCGCCAAUUUCUAGAAAAGGUAGGAUCUCCUAAUUCGGAAAUUAAAUCAUGUGAUUUUGCCAUGAGUGAAAAGACUGGAGAUUUUGAUUACGAUUCAUUUGAUAUCAUCAGAUGAUUAAUAAUCGACGGCUUCUACGGCGUCUAUUAAUCGAUUGUAUGAAUCUUCUGGAUUGGGGUCUGUUUGGUUCUCCAAUAUGAACCUUCUGAUUAUUUUCCUAUGCGAAUCUGCAGUCUCUAGGUUCAUUCUUGACAAUCUAGUGGGAUUUGUCGCAUCUGGAGACAGGGAAAUUUCCUCUAUAGAUAGGUUAGAAAGGUUGACAUUUUUUAUCAACACCCUAUAUCCACAUGAUUCAUCCAUCGAGGUAUAACUUACUUGAGGACCUUGUCGUGAUCGUAUUCUAUCCAAUGAGGAGAAGGCCCUAGAUCAAUGUCAUCUAGUGUCUUCAGCGAUUUACUUUUCGAAUUGUAUAUUAUACGAGCGUGUAUUGGCCCAGGCCGUGACAUUGUACAGUAUUUUGAGGUAUUCGCGUCUCUCCAGCAUAGCCAAUUUGGAUUGUAACCACCAACGUAAUUAGCUGCACGAUCUACAAAGACUAUGGAGUCCGUUUCA